AUGUUCAUAAUUUCUAUUUACUCACAGAUUGUGUAUGAGCCAGAUAGAAACGUGCUGCGAAGGAAAGAAUGGGAAAGGAGAAAUCAGGAGGCCCAGCAGGACAAUGGCACAUUUAACACAAGCUAUUCCCUCUUCAGUGAACCCUACAAGACUAACAAGGGGGAUGAGCUUUCCAAUCGCAUCCAGAAUACGUUGGGCAACUAUGAUGAAAUGAAAGACUUGUUAACUGACCGGUCAAACCAGAGCCAUCUCGUUGGGGUUCCAAAACCUGGGGUUCCUCAGACAUCUCUCCCCAAGACUGAUGAACAUCUUAUCGCAGACUCGAGACCACCACCUCCUCCUCCUAUUUCCAGCACUACUUCUUCCACACCAGCAUCCCUAGCUGCCCAGCAGAGCAAAAGUACCACGAUGGGCUGGCAGAAGGCUGGGCAUAAUGCCGCUUCAGAUGGCCAGCAGAGAGCAAGCAAACACGGACACCGGUCGCUGGAGUCACACAAGGGUGACUUCAAACUGGCGAACCAAAAAUCCAAUUUGGAGAAACUAAAACGCUAUGCAUCGAGUCCCACCUCCUCCUCCUCCUCCUCCAAUACUGCCCAGCAAAGCUCGCUGAGGUCCACAUUAGGAGACAACAUCAACAGAGGCCAGCAGCCAGCAAAGCUCAGUUGUAGCUCAGAAGGAGGAACUCAAGUCCAAGAGAGGCCAGCAAAGCACGGUGGGGGGCACUGUGUCCAAAACUUCCCACCUUCUCUUGCUUCAAAGCCCAGUCUGGGUCAGCAGAAGCCAACAGCUUAUGUGAGGCCAAUGGAUGGUCAAGACCAGGCUCCUGAUGAAUCUCCAAAGCUGAAGUUACCAGCAGAGACGACCAAGUCAUAUCGGGGAGUGCCUUCCAGCAAGCCUGAUUCAGCCAGGACCAAGUCAAAGAUUGCCAAGUUCAGCAUUCCUAAGCAAGCAGAAGACAGUGGAACAGGAGAUAACAGCUGCAUUGAAGAAAUAUUGCGGGAGAUGACCCAUUCAUGGCCUCCGCCACUGUCCGCUAUUCACACACCAGGAAAGGCAGAGCAAAGCAAGUUUCCCUUUCCAAACAAGGAGUCACAACAGGGAUCUACAGGACACAGCAAUACGAGGAAAAGUGAUGUAGAGCCAAAGACCCCAGAGAAAAGCGCAACCCAUACAUCAAUGCUAGAAGAUGACCUCAAGUUAAGCAGUGAUGAGGAGGAGAAUGACCAGCAGGCAGCACAGAGAUCUGCUCUCCGCGUUCUAUCUGACAGCAGCCUGGUGGUGCCACAGUCCAAUGCCCGAGCCUCGGGGCUUUCCAGCAAGGGGUCGAGCAGCAGUAGCUCCAGUGAAUCCGAGACCAGCUCAGAGUCUGACUCAGAGAGUGAAAGCAGCUCCAGCGAGAGUGACGGCAGCAAGCCCUCGCAUUACUCCAGCCCAGAGCCUGAGCCGCCCUCGUCCAACAAGUGGCAGCUGGACAAGUGGCUGAACAAAGUUACCCCUCACAAAGCGCCCAUCCUAACCCACCACGAUGGCCCGGCGCUGGAAGCCCAUCCCUACUACGGCCGGGUGAAGGCAGAGCGGCAGGAAGGACAGAAGACCCCGGCUGAGGGCCCGGCCGAGCACCGCAGUGAGGAGAGCCGCACCACCGCCGCCGCCGCCGCCGCCGCCGCCGCCGGGGACGGGCCGCGGCCUAGGACCGCCAACAAAGCUCCAGGCAGCAAGGGCAGUCGUCAGAAGUCACCCCUCGCUGGCGACGGCGGGCCGCCGAGGCGGGCAGCGGGGAAAAAGGCACCGCGACGAGCCGAGAGGAACUCCGCCGGAGACGGGCCCCCCUGCCCCAGCGCAGAGGAGCCCCCCCGGAGCCACGGCUUCCCUGAAAGCGCUGCUGCCGAGGCGCCCAGGGCCCGGCCCGGCGGCGGCGGCUGUAGAGCGGGGCACCGCCGGGAGCCCCGCUCAGCUGCAGCUGGUGAGAAGCGUCGGGCCCGAGGGCCGAGCAAAACGGCGCCCAAAUCCAAGGAGUUCAUCGAGACCGAGUCUUCAUCCUCAUCAUCCUCCUCCGACUCAGGCUCUGAGUCGGAGCGGGAGGAGCGCCCGCUGCCCAAGGCGCCAGCGGCAGCCGGGCCUGAGCCGCGGGCUGCCAAGGACGCAGGGACCGGCACCGCCAGCAAACCCCACGGCGGCUGCAGUGCCUUUGGCUCUAUUAAUGCCAGGACUAGUAGUGAAAUAGCAAAGGAGCUGGAGGAACAGUUUUACACCCUGGUUCCUUUCGGUAGGAAUGAGCUCCUGUCUCCUCUGAAAGACAGUGAUGAGGUAAAGUCGCUGUGGGUCAACAUUGACUUGGCUCUUUUGUCCAGGAUUCCAGAGCGUUUGCCCGAAGAACCGCUGGCCAUGAGCGCCGGAGCAAACCAGGCGGCCAGCUUCCCGCAGGGUAGUAGUGCUGAACCCCCCGCAGAGAAGGGUUUACCGAAAUCUAGAAGGAAACGCAAGUGUGACAAUGAGGAAGAGUGCAGAGACAUCAAGAAGACUCACUUAGAGCGAGAGAGUUCUUCACGAUUAGCUGCCUCUGCCCAAAGCAUCACAACAGCAAAUCACUGCAAUAUGAAUGAAAAUAGCUUGGCAAUACCAAUAAAUAAAAAUGAGAAAAUGCUUCGGUCACCCGUCUCUCCCCUCUCUGAUGCAUCAAAACACAAAUAUUCCAGCGAUGAUUUAACUUGCUCCAGCAGACCUAAUGGCAGCAGUCUAUUACCUUCAAUCUCCUCCAGCAAAAAACAUAAGGGUGAAAUCCAGUCGCAGCCACAUCCCGGAGACUUCAAUAAAGCAGUUCACAUCAAUUCAGAAAAUGUUCUUCUCUGCAAUAAGCCACAGUUCCAAACAGAGCCUUGGUCACCUCUGUCCACCACACCCAGGGACUGCAGAAGAACAAAGCUUAUCUUCGAUGAUAUACCACGCAAUGCAGAUUACUUUAUGCAGGAAGCUAAACGGAAGAAGCAUAAAGCAGAUGCAAUGGUGGAGAAGUUUGGAAAGGCACUGAAUUAUGCAGAAGCAGCACUAUCAUUUAUUGAGUGUGGAAAUGCAAUGGAACAAGGCCCAAUGGAAUCUAAAUCCCCUUAUACCAUGUAUUCAGAAACAGUUGAACUCAUCAGGUAUGCUGUGAGACUAAAAACCCACUCAGGCCCCAACGCCACGCCAGAAGACAAACAGCUGGCAGCAUUAUGUUACCGCUGCCUGGCCCUUCUGUACUGGAGGAUGUUCCGACUCAAGAGAGACCACGCGGUCAAGUAUUCUAAAGCGCUUAUCGAGUAUUUCAAGAAUUCAUCAAAAGCUGCCCAGAACCCUUCUCCUUGGGGUGCCAGUGGAAAGAGCACAGGAACUCCAUCACCUAUGUCCCCAAGCCCUUCUCCAGUCAGUUCCGUAGGAUCCCAGGGGAGCACGGGGGCCCCUUCCCCAUCUCCUAUCAUCAGCAUCCCACAGCGCAUUCAUCAGAUGGCUGCCAACCACGUCAGCAUCACCAACAGCAUCCUGCACAGCUAUGACUACUGGGAGAUGGCUGACAACCUGGCCAAGGAAAACAGAGAUUUUUUUAAUGACUUGGAUGCAUUGAUGGGACCUAUCACCUUGCACAGCAGUAUGGAGCAUUUAGUUCAGUACACUCAACAAGGACUUCACUGGGUGCGGAACAGCGCUCACUUGUCAUAA